GCCCCACCAUGUCAGAUGCGGCAGUGGACACCAGCUCCGAGAUCACCACCAAGGACUUGAAGGAGAAGAAGGAAGUUGUGGCGGAGGCAGAGAAUGGGAGAGAUGCACCUGCCAAUGGGAACGCUCAAAAUGAGGAAAAUGGGGAGCAGGAGGCUGACAAUGAGGUAGAUGAAGAAGAGGAAGAAGGCGGGGAGGAAGAGGAGGAGGAGGAGGAAAGUGAUGGUGAGGAAGAGGAUGGAGAUGGAGAUGAGGAAGCUGAGGCUCCUACGGGCAAGCAGGUAGCUGAGGAUGAGGAGGAUGAUGAUGUAGACACCGAGAAGCAGAAGACUGAUGAUGAGGAUGACCAGACAGCAAAAGGAAAAGCUAACCUUACGCACCGUGACCUAUUCACCCUCCACUUCCCGUCUCAGAGUUUAAACGUGGUCACCUUCGAGUAG